AUGGCUAGAGCAGCUUUUGAUAGUGAUGCAAAGCUAGGAAUGCCUGUGCUGAAUGAACACAAUUUCAUACACUGGAAGCAGCACUUGAUAGCAUGUUUAGAUUAUAAGCAUAUUUUGGAAGCUUUAAACCCUCAACCUACAGGAACAACUGAGGAAGCUUUAGCCAAGAUAAGUGCUUGGAAACGCAUGAACAGCGAAGCCAGACACAUAAUUUUGAGUGGACUUCGUGAUGAGCAGCUAUCAUUAAUAAAUAGUACAGAUGAUGCAUCUCAAAUCUUAAGAGAUAUUGAGCGCGUGUAUGGAGAAUCUAGCAUAAACUGCUUCAGAAACUUGGUGUGUAAAUUAACCAGAUUGAGGAUGAAUUCAAAAGAGGAAUUCACAGAGCACAUCAACAAGUUUACUGAGAUUAUUCAAAGAAUUGAUCUGACUCCCAAAGCUUUUGAUGAGGAUACAAAGAUAGCAUUUUUGUUAUCAUCACUUGGACCACGCUUUAGCGCAUUUGUAAGUUUGAUGGAUCAUAGACAAGGUCUGACUUUUAAAUACUUGAUUGGUUAUUUAAAAGAAGAAAGCAGAGAUAGAGCUGAAUCUCCAGUGAGAAAUGCUAAAAUCAAGGACAGCAGUUAUGCAUCUAGGCAAUUUACAAAGUCCAAAGAGAUGCCUAAGAAGGUGAUUUGUUUCAAUUGUAACAAAGAAGGACACAUUGCAAAGAAUUGCAGGGCUCCUAAAGCAAAGAAACCCCACCCCUUUCAGCCAAAAGUGGAAAAGAAGGGGAAAUGUGAAUGCACAUGGCUACUGCAAGAAAGCUUCCACCACGAAGCUAUGGACCUUACCCAAAUGGCCCUAUCAAUUCUGAAACUCAGCAACAUGACUAGAGGGGACUAUCAUGGUCACCUUAAGCAACACUUGGUAGAUAGAAAUUUAGCAAAUAAUAAAUAA